AUGAUUCUAAAUGACAGAAUAAACCAGUAUCUACAUGAUAAUGAUAUUAUUCACAAGAACCAAGCUGGUUUCAGGAAAAAACAUAGAACAGACCAUAUCUUAACACUGCAUACCAUGGUCAAAAAAUACCACUCAAUGAAUAAGCCACUUUAUUGCUCUUUCAUUGACCUGAAAAAAUGUUUUGAUACAGUUUGGAGAUCAGGACUACUGUAUAAAUUGCAAGCCAACUGCAUUAAUGGCCGUCUCUAUAACAUCAUCAAAAGUAUGUACAAUAACAUUAAAUUCUACGUUGAACUGGAUGACAAGAUGACACCAGCAUUUCAGACUGAUAACGGAGUAAAGCAAGGCUGUCCACUUAGUCCUACUCUCUUUAGUUUAUUUAUUAAUGACUUAGUUGAACUAUUAGACAGUACAGCCAUUGAUCAACCAGUACUAGAUGGACUAACAAUAUCCAGCCUCCUCUUUGCUGAUGAUAUAGUUAUCACUUCAACAUCUAAAGAGGGACUCCAGUCUUCCAUUAAUCAUCUACAUGACUAUACUAAUAAGUUGGGAUUGAAAGUAAAUACAGACAAAUCCAAAGUCAUAUUCUUCACAAAAUAUGGCCACAGAUCUGAUAACAUUGCUCUUAAAUAUGGUGACACAAUUCUUGAAAAAAACAAUCAAUUCACAUACUUGGGCAUUACCUUUAACACUAAUGGUUCACUCCACAAAACUAUGCAGAGACUUACUGAUAAGGCAAGGAAAACCAAAUAUUCAAUUGGUAACAUCUACAGUGAAAAAAUAACAAUAUUAAGUUGA